CGUACCUUCCUACCCACUCCUCACCACCAUCCUCCUCUCCCAACCUCAAUACCCUCAAACGCUUAUAUACCUUUGAGAACGUCAUUGGUCGUACAUCUGUCAACUGAUGUCUCUCGCGACAUGACAGACCAGAAUGGCACAUCCCACCCUUCUACCUCGGCCGGGAUAGAUCCCAGGAAGGAUCCUGCCAUCUUCCGCCCUGAGGGGAUCAUCGUCUUCCCACGCUCCGAUGGCGAUCCAUCUUAUGUGGCUCCCAAUACCGUCAAGCCUCCCGCGUCAGCCGUGGAGGUCAACUACUUCCACAUCAUGGCGCCAGGAGAGUCCAAGUAUGAGCGUUGGUCUAGUCUCAUAGGCGCGGAUCUGGCUACAUGGGCCGGACAACCAUCCAAGCCUCCCAAUGGCAAGGAGUGGAAGCUGGCAAGCUAUCCAGCCGACUAUCAGAUGUCAGAACAGAGAAAAGGGCCGAGAGAGUCUUACAGAACAGAUCAGUACCUCUAUGGCUCAGCAGGUCACCGCUUCAGAUCCACCAAGGAAUUUCUCCCCCAUGCUCAGUGGCUAAUCAUGAACGAUGGUAGCUCUUGUCAAUGCAAGUACUGCCCUGGUGGGAGACCUCGCGGCGGUGGAGGAGGAUCGAAUGACUCGCCAAAGGAGAAGCGCGAGAGGCCAGUGCGGGUGGGUAGGCCACCUGCCGCCAACAAGAAGCUUGCGCCAACGAAUUCGUACAAAGUCAAGACACAAGAUCUCCCGCGACCUCAAGAUCGGCCGAGCUUGGGCGUCACUGUUCCUUCCAUUCCGUUGAGGGACACGGAGAUGGCAAGAACAGCUGCAGCUGGUAAGGGCGACUGCGAAGGGUACCGCAUCGGCGAGAUCGUUUGGGCCAUCCUGGAACCACCUGUGCAAGACCCUACAGACAGCAAGCGCGUCAUCGACAAGUGGCCUGCUCACGUAGAGGAUGUGAAGACGAUAUCGAACGUCGCUCCCACCCUUCCGAAGCCGGCUGCCCCGUCAGACCCUCGCCGCGCCAAGGCUAAGAAUGGCCAACAAAGCGACGCAGCCGAAAGCACUAGCUUCUCUCUCGAAGGCCGUGUGAAACAGGACCGACACUACGACAUCAUCCUUGUUGGCACGCCUGAGGAUAGGGGCCGGGUGCCCGAAUCGCGCCUGUUGCCUUUCCUCGUCGGCUUCGUCACCGAAGAAGUCAAGCACAGUCCCUUCGGCAAGAUGGAAGAGCAUGCAUGGUUGUCAGACGCUACUGGCUUCCCUUCCAAGCUGCACCUUCUCGAACCACCGCCUUCAGAGUCGGCCAGACCCUCGUAUAGCAAGGUGGCAGGCGCACUCGCUUUCUCUCUGACGAGCUGCGCCUACCUUCGGUCUCGAUAUCGAGUGACCGACCCUUUUCAGCUGCCGGAAGGCGUCACAGCUGAUGCUGAGAGAGAAAGCGCGAUCUUGGACCGGCCAAAUGGCCUGGGCAACGGCCAAGCGUCGAGUGCCUCAACCUUGACGGACACUGUCAAUCCAGCAGACACUGAGAUCCGCGCCUCUCUAGCCGAUCGUCGGGGGCGAGACGACGACAGACCGUCACGCGUCUUCCGCUCGGCGAAGAACACAUCCUACAAGGGCGGAAUAUAUUAUCAGGGAGUCUUUGCAGGCUUGGAACGCAUUUGGGUGGGCGACGUCGUCAGAUUGAGGCUGCGAGACAAGGAGGUCAAGGACAUGAUGGAGGCUCUAGCUGCUGACAAGCGGCUGGCCCGCAAAAGUGAUGCUGGUGAGGGUGCUGACACGAAGGGGACGUACAUCAUGAGGCUCAGAGCCAUCACCAAGGAGGGUAGCCGCGUCCAAGCGGCGGGUUCGGUCUAUCAGGUCAUGACUCAGACUGAGUUCGAUGCCAAGAAGGCGGUUGAGAAGGCGCUCUUCGAUGCUACACCGCAAAAGAAUGACGACGUCUUUGGCUUCGAGAAGCAAUUUGCCUUUCCUGCUCUGGGCCUCCUCUCUGCAAAUGGUCAGGAGCUCCCUGCCUCCCCUCCGAUCUCCGACGGAUUCGUCCUGUCGAGGGUCAACGCCGAGUCGCGCGAAGUCGUCUUCGACAUGACAAAGGUGGCCGGCAGACUAUACCCCUCUUUGGCGAAGCUGGGCGACCCAGAGCAGAUCUACUCAAUGAAAGAUGUGCAGAAGCUCGUGUUCAGCAAGUAUCAAGAUACCAUGGAUGCGAACUUCGCCAGGCUGAGCCUCAUAGGCGCUCUUCCCGGGUUAGUCAAGUCUAUGAACAUGGAGUACUGGGAGCAGAGGAGUGGAGCAGAGUUGAUGAGGUCGUGCUUCGAUGCUUCGAGAGGAGAAAUCUACCACCACAUCAGGCAACUCCUCGAGGGUCCUCCUGGCGGCGUCAAAGGCAGCAAGGACGCCUUGACUCAGCAAGCGACGGACGACAUCACCGCUGUGGCUGCUGCUGCCGCCGCCGCCGCAACUGAGGCCGGCGGCGAGGCUUCGUCAACACCAACGAGUAAUGGAGCCAACAAGCGCAAGUCUGCAGGAGACGAUACGUCUUCUGCCCCAUGGGGCCCACAGAGCAAGCGCACAGCGACGCAGCCAGGCGAUACCCCCGUGCGAGGGGCAGCUGGAGCCUCUGGGACUAACGCAACACCGACGUCCAGAGCAGUAGGCAGCCCUUCGAAAGCUGCGGGUACACCGACGGCCGCAAAGCCGGCGAGGCCACCCGUUGUUGAGGACCCGGCACUGCCGCCGCUGCGUGAAGGGUGGAUUGUGCAGAGCAGUCGCAAUGGGCAUGGAGUAUACUAUGCGCAUCCGGCGACGAAGACGACGACUUGGGAGCGCCCUAUCUGAGACUGCUAUAAAGGGACGCGCAGAUGGUAGGGCAAAAGUGCUCGUUUGGGUCCUCUGUAGUUGAUACCCGUGUCGAUCUGUUGGCCAAGCCUCGGGACUACUUUGUCGAUGCGAGGUAUUCUGAAAUGUGAUUGGAGUGCGGUACAAGUACAAUUGUCGCGAGUCGAGUCGAGUCGAGUCGAGUCGAUCUAAGACGUGCCUUUUGAUGUAUGCCA